AUGCAAUUAAAAAUCAAUAAUAAACAUAAUACAGUAUUUGAAUGGAUACCUUACAAUCAGUUCAACAAAAUUAAGGAAAUAGGCAAAAAUAGUUCUAUUACGAUAUAUUCAGCAAUAUGGAAGGAUGGACCAUUGCAUUAUAAUAAUAAGUAUAAUAAAUAUAUGAGAGAUUCAAAUAAAGAGGUUGCUUUAAAAUAUUUGUAUAAUUCACAAAAUUCUGUUGAUUUUCUAAUAAAUGAGGCUGAAAAAUAUUUGACAAAAAAAAUAAUUGACAGAGUAAUUUGUAAUAUAUAUGGAAUAUCUCAAAAUCCAAAUACAAAUAAUUAUAUUUUAAUUUUAAUAUGGGCGAGUGGAAAUGAAAAAAUUGACAAUUUUAUUCAAGAAAUACAAUUACAAAUAGAUAAAUAUAAUGAUAUAGUAUUUGAAUGGAUACCAUAUAAACAGUUUAAUAAUAUUAAAGAAAUAGAUAAAGGUGGAUUUGCUACAGUAUAUUCUGCAAAUUGGAAAAAUGGUCCAUUAGAAUUUGAUACAGAUAAAAAAAUAUAUAUAAGGAAUCCAAAUAGAGUAAUUGCCUUAAAAUGCUUGCAUAAUUCACAGAAUAUUACCAAUAAAUUUUUGAAUGAGGUUAAAGAAUACUCAAUAAAUAAAAGAAGUAAUAUUCUUAAUAUACAUGGAAUAUCUCAGGAUCCAGAUACAAAAGAAUAUAUUAUGGUUCUCCAAUAUGCAAAAGAAGGCAAUUUUAAUCAUUGGAUAAAUAAAAACUAUGAAUAUUUUAAUUGGAAAGAUAAAUUAUUUGCAUUGCUUGAUAUUAUUAAUGGCCUUAAAGAAAUUCAUCAAAAAAAUAUAGUUCAUCGUGAUUUUCAUACAGGAAAUAUAUUAUUUUUAAGAAAUAUAAAUGCUUUUGGUAAUUGUAUAUCAAUUUCAGACAUGGGAUUAUGUGGAGAGGUUGGUAAUAUAGAUGAAACAAAAAUUUAUGGAGUUAUGCCUUAUGUGGCUCCUGAAGUAUUAAGAAGAAUGCCUUAUACCCAAGAAUCAGAUAUCUAUAGUUUUGGUAUGAUAAUGUAUUUUAUAGCAACUGGAAGACAACCUUUUUACAAUUAUGCACAUGAUAAGUUAUUAGUAUUAGAUAUUUGUGAAGGAGUUAGACCUGAAAUAAAUGAACCAGAAGCACCAAGUUGUUAUAUUAAUUUAAUGAAAAAGUGCUGGGAUUUAAACCCAAAUAAUAGGCCAAAUAUUUUUGAAGUAAAGGAAUUAAUCAUGUCAUUUCAUAAGUCAUAUGGAAUGGAUUUUUUCAAAGCAGAAGAAUAUAGAAAAGCAAAUCUUUCAUUUAUUAAAAAUUACCAAAUAACUACCCAUCCACAAGCUAUUUAUACAUCUCGGUUACUUAAUCCUUUUACAGAAGACCUUCCAGAAUAUGAUGAUAAUUCUCAAUGUUUAGAUCAAAAAAUCUAA